GAUCUGGAAACCUGGACUAUGUCGAGCGGCUCCUGGGGCACGGAGCCAACCCGAACGUCUCCACAGAGCUGCAUAGGAAGGACACAUACUGGGACCUCAGAUAGACUCCUCUGUGCUUUGCUGUUUCCAACGGGUGAUGUGACCUGUGCUGAGAUGUGGCUGGCAGCUGCAGCGAGUCCUGACCUGGACCCGCUGCAAAGCAUCCUGGUCACUAUAGAGGCAUGAACUGGUCCAGCUGUUGCUCUCCUAUGGACCAGAGGUGGAUUGUUAAAGUGUAUAGUCCGUAUCUUUUCCAUGUCAUGGCAGUUUGAACAUUAUAUGACGACAUCAACUGACAACAACAGAGGACGUGCCAACAUGGACGCACGGAUCGAGAGUUUUCCAGACGCAUUCGCUCAGUUUAUCUUCAUAGUUCUGUUCCGUUGGUCUUUUUUGGCCAUGAACGAAGACGCUCAGGCCGUGGUGACUGCUACUUUGACACGCCAGUCUCUGACCUCACAGGCUUUUUGUGUCUCUGUCUCUCAUGGCAUCGCCUCCCAAAAAAGACGCUGUAUCAUGGGGCCCACAAUACGUUCCCCUGUGAUCCCCCUCUUAAGGCCCAAACAGCAGCUGGCAAGAUUAGAGAGGAGAGGACACCGACACACACAACACACUCACAGCAACACAGCCUGCCAGGAUAGAUCCGGUUCAGACUGGACUGGGUACAUCCAACCAGCUUCAGCUGUCGAAGGAUCACCUCGACUGGACCUCUUAUUUCCGUGGAUCUCCAGCAACCUCACGGUGGACCUAGACUUUUGUUUGAACCUCUAAACCCUGACCACUACUUCAUUUUGGGGUCCAGGCUGUGUGAAACUCUCGAACUGGUCUUUCUGUGGCAGUUUAAAAAUCAUACUGACCUGUCUGAGCUAAUCUCACUUUGGCCAUGAGCUGUUUUGGGUACCGCAGAGAGUUGAGUAAGUACGAAGAUGUUGAUGAAGACGAGCUUUUGGCUUCCCUCACCCCCGAAGAGUUGGCUGAGUUGGAAAAGGAGCUGGUGGAUAUUGAUCCUGACGCCAACGUGCCUACAGGACUCAGACAAAGAGACCAGACGGACAAGACUCCAACGGGCACCUUCAGCAAAGAGUUGCUGAUGAAGUAUUGGGAAAAUGAGACACGCAGACUGAUGGAGGACGAGAUUUGUGGAGGAAGCCCCAAACCGGAUGAAGAACAAGAGGAGUGUGUGACAGAAGAAAACAGCGGAGCAGAGGAUGAAAAAGAUGUUACAAACGAGAAAGAACAGAGAAAGCAUAAAGCGCUAAAGAAGAAGGAAGAAGAAGAAGAAGAAGAGAGUGAGGAAGAAGAGGAAGCUGUAACAGAGGAGGAGGACAAUGAUGAGGAGGAUGAUGAUGAGGAUGAUGAUGAUGAUGAACAAGAUAAUAAAUUAAAACCUGAGCCCUCUCAGGAGACUGAGGCACAGUCACGGGCCGACACCCCAAUGCUACUGAAGCCACAGAGGGUGGAGCCUAUGAGACUGACUCCCCCCCCUCCACCUGCCGACCCGAAUGCGAUGGGAAACCCAACCGUUGUUGAUGAAGCUCUCCAACGAGCUCUCGGCAACGACCCUGAGCUCACGGAGGUUAAUCUGAACAACAUUGACGAUAUCUCACAGGAAACCCUGAUUCGAUUUGCAGAAGCACUGAGGUCCAACACACACGUGAAGGUCUUCAGCGUCGCCAACACCCGCGCCGACGACGCCGUGGCGCUGGCCAUCGGUAAGAUGCUGAGGGAAAACUCUUCCAUCGCCAGUCUGAAUAUAGAAUCCAACUAUGUGAGUGGAAAGGGCGUGACGGCGAUGGUUCAAGCACUUCCCGAAAACAGCACCCUGACUGAGCUUCGGUUCCACAAUCAGAGACACAUGUGUGGAGCCCAGGUAGAGAUGGAGAUGGUGAAGAUACUGAGGGAAAACUACACCGUGAUCAAGUUGGGCUACCAGUUCAACCUGCCUGGUCCCCGGAUGAGCAUGACGGGGAUCCUCACCAGGAACCAGGACCGCCAGAGACAGAAACGCUUACAAGAGCAGAGACGGCUGCAACAGGCGGCGCCAGAGGGAGCUCUUAACCCCAGAACCACUGCACUGAAAGGAACUCCUCGUUCAUCACCUCACAGCUCGCCCAGAGCUUCUCCUUGGUCCUCGCCCAAACUCCCCAGGAGGGACCUGGCUAAAAAACAGACGCCACCUGCUCCACCUCCCUCUCCCCCUCCCCCGCCUCCUCCCCCGCCUCCUCCCCCGCCGCCUCCCCCACCGCCUCCCACUCAGCGGCAGAAGAAGCCCACCAGGAUGAUCGCGGAGGUCAUCAAGGCGCACGAGGCCGGCGGCGGCAAGAAGGUGAGAAAGACAAAGGGCAAAAAGGGCAAGAAGACGGGGAAGGAGACGGGGAAAGAAGAGACGAGUAGCAUCCUGAGGGAGCUCAAGAACGCGCUGAGGCCCCUGUCGGUGGAGAGGAGAGGGGAGGAGGGCAGCAGGCCGUCCACGCCAGUGAGGUCAGCGCACGGCCAGCUGAUGGAGUCCAUUCGCAACAGCAACCGCUGCCUGAAACGGGUGGAAAUCCCUCAUCAUCUACUAUAAUAAAAGCGAAUGCGAGAAGAGGUUGCCACGGAGGUUGGAGAGUCUGCGUAAUGACGACGCCCGAGCGAUGAAAACAUGCUGGGAACGCUGAGCUGCCAAAAACUGAAUUCUGAAAUUUACUGGAAAUGUAACAUCAAUAAUAGCGUUAGAAGUAAAAAAAAAAUUUUAAAGUAUUUCAACAUAAUUGGAAAUUAUAUUUGUAUAUUCAUUCUGAACUGUUUACUGAUACGUUUUGUAAUUCACUGCUUUUCUUGUAAAUUGUAAAUAUGAUCGAUGGUUGGUUGAUUCAUGUGUUGAUUUCUAAAUAUAGCCAUUUGGUGUUUGCAAUACUUGACCGAGUAUGUCGACUGUUCUUUGGGCUUUCUGGAUAAGUUCCAUUUCAAAAGAAAAGGGUCGAGCUGUCAUGCAGCAGUGUUUUUAUACCCGUGAGUCUUCUUACCGGUCAAGCGCCACUGAUGCAUAUUCCCACUCGCCACACGCACACACCAGUCAGCUCGGAUUGGAGCGGCCCUUUGGCGCACUUCUUUUGAACAAUUCACAAAGCAUGACGAGUGACCCCCCGCUGCUCGUCACAUGACAUCACUCAGAUGAAAUAAGAAGCUGCUCAUGGACAAUGCUACCAUGUCUCUUUAAAGUACGGGAGGUUGAACUGUUAAUAGUGAGUGUGAUAGCACGGCGGCCGUGGGCUCAAGGGUGGCAACAAUGAGAACACAUUCAAAAAACAAUAAUAAAUACCUAAUUUGCCUGUUUAUAGCAUUUCAUUAAUCAGUGAAAGAACAGGCGGGCAGGACUGUCACGCACAUGAGAUGGUAUAUUUGCUUGAUGAAAGAGUAUUUAGAAGAAAACAAGACGGAGCUGAGUUAAGCUGUAUGAUCUGUACACCCCCCUCCCCCACACACACACACACACACACUCCAUAGAUCAGUCCCUUCAGCCUCACCAAGGAAAGCAGCUCAGUUUGCACAAUGCAUUCCUUCGACUAAGUGUCCUAUGAAGCUUCCUCUACUCAAGCGCAGCACUUUGUCAUACGUGUCAGUUGGGAAUCCUUCCAUUAAACGGAGGGACUUCCUGUUUGUAAUGCUCGCUGACCACAGACUCGCCGUUAAGUACACACGUUAACAUGUAUUGCUUUCACACUGACCUACAGAGCAUCUGAGAGCUUCUCAGUCACAGCACUCACGCCCUUUGACCUUUGUAUUCCUCCCCAAUGGAUGCCUGCAUUGUUGCCGAUUUACAAACUAUUCCACUGUGCAAAUUUGAAGCCGACAAUCCUCUCCGACAAGUGCAUUAAAGGGCAAUUUCACCAUGAAUUGACCCGAUUUAAAAUGUUGCUUCAGGACAUUGGGCUGAAAUGUAACAGCAACAAUUAUUUGUUGUAAAAUGUAUACACAUAUUAAUGCUAUCUAUAUGCAACAGCCAUUUGGACUCUAAAAAUACAAAUCUAUUAAUGCCUUUGUUUAUGUGCAUGCGUGUAGUGUUUGUGAUGGUUGUGAUCUCCAUGGAAGCUGCCACACGAGUGGAAAGUAUCAUACCUGCUCUAAUCUUCUGAUAAGCUCUGCAACACAGAGACCUGGCACAGCUGUGGACCAGCCACUCUAAAUAAAUGGCGCAGGCAUAGA